UGAUUCCUGAAGUGGCCUAAUCUUAAGGUGGCUGCAGCUGACGGAUCCUCUGCCCUACUACUUAUAUGUUACACACAUGCGUCCUCAACUUCACCUUCUGUCUCUGUGAGCCUUACUCUACUAGCUAGACGAGCCGGGCGCGCUCCACCAGGGUCAUCCUAAGACUGCGACCCGCCCUCAUAUUCUUUGUUCGGUGCCGGUUCAGAAUAUAGCAGAAUUUGGACAUCGGGCCUACCACGACCAUGUCCACCCUGUCGCCCCAGUUUGUUCCAAAUGAUUCGCCCACCCACACAAAAUUUCAUGAUGCUUCCUUUCCCGACCCUUAUCUCUCAGCUCAGCUAGACCCUGAGGUAGCAUCCUUCAAAUCAUCUGCAAUCAGACUAACCCCUGUGAGCGGCGACGACCAUGGCACACGCGAUGUCUCCUCAUCCCCUCGAGAAACCCAUGUACACAGGGACUCGACCCGGGAUGAAUCCCACCUAGCCUCUUAUUCUGAAUAUCUCAGCCCCGCGGAUGACCUUUCUAGUGAUUUGAGUGUUCACACAUCACCGAGCGCCGAUUACCUGACGGCAGCCUUCAGUGCCGAUCUCUCUCCAGAUUCCAACGGUUGGCAAUAUGACGGAAUUUUGCAUCCAGGCAUGCGCAACGCAGCAUCGGACCCGAACGACUUGACCUGCCCACAGACGAUCAUGGACCCUUCUCAGCUACUGACCCCGAAUCUCACCUCCAAAUCAAGCGUCUCGUCUGACACGACCAGUGUCAAGAGCCAGGCGGGUUCUACUACUCUGCCGAACCAACCGCAGGCACUCACUCUAAUUACCUGUCCCCCGGACGGGAGUCUGGGUGUGCCCGCAGAUCCUGGUUCCCCCAGGGUCAGAAGCCCAAUUGUCAAAAUAGAGAGUUAUUCCCGGGGUGAUUCGCCGGUCAGAGAUAUGCGGCGACUAAGUCAUUCGUCGACACACCUUUCGCCCGGAGGCCCUUCCAGCGAUUCCGAAGAGGAAGAUGUAGAUAGCGGAUAUCUUGGGUCUGUCCGGGCUGUCUCGCGAAAACCCGAUGGCUCCUGGAUCCCGGAUGUCGCGACGGGCCAGGCUGGUGUGGACCCAAUGGCCCGGGAAAAUGUAUACGUGCCAAGUCCGAACGAGAUCGAGCUGCGGCGACAGCUGGAGGAGAAAAAUGAGGAUAUUCGAUCUUGGUCGGCCUCAGUCAGCGUGGCAAAUAGCGAGGCUGGAGACGAUUUACCCUCACACAGGGGCCGCAAGGGCCACACGGGUAACCGACGCAGAGCGAAGAGCACCGGUGACCCUUCACUUCGGCAGGAUUACUUUAACCUGAACGCCGCUUUCAUUCCGGGACCGGGCAUACUUGUUACGGAAAACAGCGAGGAGGAAUACAGUGACCCUGGAUCGAACAUCGAGGGAACCGGGUCUGACUCCCCUAGCGCCAGUGUAAACGAGGUAAUGUGGUCUAUAGGGAACCAGGAAACGCCGUCCAAACCGCCAAGUCCCGAAGAGGAGGAGCCGUCUCCUCGCCAGUUUCUGGGGCGGCCGCCGUGGCGGGAUCUCGCACCUGACCCUUCUCCCGACAUGAUACGAACACAGCCCGCAAGCUCAACCGCUGCCAUGGUCGAGUAUGAAAGACGAGCAAGGGACCUAGACACUGCUUCGCGCGCGGCGACUUGGGGCACGCGGCGCAGAAGCGACGCCGAAGUCAAUAGUCUUAUUGGUGCCGGGGGAUCCUUCGAAAACUUGUCGAUCAGCAACGACAAGGGCAGGAAACACGAGCGGCGGAGUAGUCUCCGUAAACUGUUGCAAAGGAAAUCACAUAAUAACCUCAAACCGUCCAACAAUCUCAAGCGACAUCUAUCCGAUCUCUCUAUCUCGCUACCCGGCUCCGAGGACCCCAACAAGGGUGACGAAAACAAGCAUUCCCAUCAAAGAAAGAACAGCUUCCCACAUCGGAAGUUGAGUCUUGGGCUUUCCCCUCGGUCUCCGCGGGCUUCCAGAUCGCCUAGUUUGAGCACUGGAGGCGCCGUUAUCGCGAUAGCCGGUCAAAUGGCCGCUAUAGGGAGUAAGGAUACCCUCAGGGCGGCAUCACCCAGCUCAACGACCACCCCUUGGUCUUCGUUGAAGGUUCGUGGUCGAAGCAGAAGCGAAAUACCUAGGCCGUCAACACCCGGGCUCAUCGAUCUGAUGACCAGUCAUGGUGGGCCACCGGUCGCCAAUAUCGCUUAUUCGCACCUAUCGCCGGAACCUCGCAGCGCCCAGCCGCUCAGAACUCGCCCAAGGCAUGACGCCGGUGACGAUGAUGAAAAUGACGAUAAAAUGGUUGAUGAGAGAGGAUUGGUGAUGGAUCUCUCAGUCCAGCCACGUCUCCCCGUUCCCACUCUGGAAGGCUUUAAGACCCAGAUCGCUGAGCUAAAUCCCCGACUUGAUCUGGCCUUGCUUGACCGCUUUGCUAAUGAACAAGUUCGUCGUUACAAGAAGUUGGUGGAAAAUAAAUUAUGCCAUACAUGUGCGGUUAAUAAGAAUAGUUGUGGUUCGGAUAAAUUCUGCUUUGCCCAGGGCGGCGAAGCUCAACUGUUGGCACCUCGCACAGGUCCACAAGACUCGGAAGCUCCCCAUACCCAGUUCCAGAUCCCUGGGCAUGGUGAGGCAGGCGAUGAUCCUCAAGCCCUCGGGGAAAGUGCUGUCACCGCGGCACAGUUUCCCGCAGGGGUCCCUUUGCCUCCAGUCAAGCGACUUCCAGCGGAGUUUGAAUGCCCGAUAUGCUUUCAGGUGAAAAAAUUCCAAAAGCCAUCAGACUGGACCAAACAUGUUCAUGAAGAUGUACAGCCGUUCACUUGUACUUUUCCUCGUUGUAAUGAACCCAAAUCGUUUAAGCGCAAGGCUGAUUGGGUACGGCAUGAGAGCGAACGGCACAGGCAACUGGAGUGGUGGACCUGCUCGGAGCCCGAUUGCAGCCAUACAUGUUACCGAAAGGAUAACUUUGUGCAGCACCUCGUUCGCGAGCAUAAAAUGCCAGAACCCAAGAUCAAGAAAACGAAAGCCAAGGGGCUACCCAAACAUCAGGGGGACCCGAAUUCGCCCGAGAUGCUAGCGGAGAUCCAGCGUGAGCACGAGAUUGAGCAACUCUGGAAUCUUGUGGAGCGAUGUCGACAUGACAAUCCGAAGGGGCCCAAGGAUGAGCCGUGCCGGUUCUGCGGUAACGUCUGCAGCAGCUGGAAAAAGCUUACAGUGCAUCUGGCCAAGCACAUGGAGCAGAUCGCGAUGCCCGUGUUAGCUCUUGUCAAUGAACGGGAUCUGUCCUCCAACUUGGGAUCCGGUCUUGCUGGUAAGGGCAAUCUUGGCUCCGAAUUGGAGUCAGGUGCGCGUGAAACCACCAAUUUUACACCCAAUCUGACUGGGGUCCAAGCUGGGGCGGACAUGUCGAUAGGCUACGCGCAGGGACCCUACCCAGGCAAUGACGUUGGGCAAUCUGAUGGGCUUGAGGUCCCUUUCAGCUCCACCGGCCUUCCCCACUUUACCACCAUGUCAGGCGCAUUCAUAUCCGCCGAGCCUGAGUCGAUGGACGCGUACGAUGAUUAUAGUGUACAGGUGGGACUGCAUACAGGGGGGGGCAUGGACCAGUCGCGGCUCAUGCCUAUGCAUCAGAAUUCGGUGACAUAUCCCCCCCCUUUCAACGCCGGGCCACGCCCUCGGAUCUCCAAUCCAAAUAUGAGCGUAUUACAAGAGUCGUAUAAUUUCUCAAUGUCUCCCACGGAGAUGCAGCCUACCUAUGACCCCCGGUACAUGUCAUCCACGGGGGAGAAUGGCUAUGUCUGCCAAGGGUCUCUGGAACCAACUAUGCCAUACACUACGCCUAGGGCCUACCCAGAUCAACUUUAGUAAAAACCGGUUUACAUCGGACUCUGGUCUCUGCUGGACCGGGCCGUAACCGCUUACGCUAACAUUUUUUUUUUUCAUCUUUAUGUUAAUGAUACCCUAGCACAUUAGUUUGGCGGAUCGUGGAGGAAUUUUCUAUAAUCUGAUCUGAAACGACACCCACCCAUGUUUUUUUGAGUGUUUUUAUUUCUUAACUUUUCUGUUCCUUUUUUUUUAAAAAAUUUCUCUCCCUUCCACCCUUUCUUAACACCUCCACAUAUCAGUCAGAUUAUAUUAUAUCAACCUUUUCUUCCCGUUUUUCGUAUA